GGGCGGCCCGGGGCUCCGGGGGGUGAGCGGGCCACGCAUCUCCCGCCGUGGGGGGGGCGAGCUGACAGAUGGGCGUGAGGAGGACCCUGGUCGGCCUCACCUUUUGUAUCUGCUACCUGGCUUUUUACCUCUUGAACAAGUAUGUCCUCUCUGUCCUGAAAUUUACCUAUCCUACCUUAUUCCAAGGGUGGCAGACAUUUGUUGGUGCAUUUUUGCUUCAUGUCUCAUGGAAACUGGGCUGGGUGGAGAUCAACUGCAGUUCAAGAUCUGAUAUUUCCACGUGGCUUCCCGCUUCCAUGGUAUUUGUGGGGAUAAUCUAUGCUGGGUCCAGAGCCUUGUCCAGAUUGGCUGUUCCUGUGUUUCUCACUUUGCAUAAUGUAGCUGAAGUUAUUGUCUGUGGGUACCAGAAGUGUUUUUGGAAAGAGAAAACAUCUCCUGCAAAGACCUGUAGGCUUUGUGCCUCCUCUGAACUCCAGUGGAUGCGUGUCAACCUCCACACAGGAAGUGCUUUGAGGUUGAAAGGCUGCCUGUUUUGUCUUCCUGUCCACAGUGUCCUCUUCCUCCUGGCUGCUGCGGGGUGCCUUCCCUUCAAUGACGCCCAGUUUGAUCCAGAUGGAUAUUUCUGGGCUGUAAUUCACAUAUUCUGUGUAGGAUCUUAUAAACUACUUCGGAAAUCCCCGAAGCCCAGCACAAUUAGUGACAUUGACCAGCAGUACUUAAACUAUAUAUUCAGUGUGGCGCUCCUGACAGUUGCAUCUCAUCCCACAGGUGACCUCUCCAGUGUUUUGGACUUCCCGUUCCUGUCCUUCUACAGAUUCCAUGGCAGCUGCUGUGCCAGUGGAAUCUUAGGAUUCUUUCUUAUGCUCACCACAGUGAAACUGAAAAGCCUUCUAGCCCCAGGGCAGUGCGAAGCCUGGAUUUUCUUUGCUAAGCCUCCUGCUCGGUGGACUUGGAGAAGCCUUGCUGGUUUUCUCAGAGCGGAAGGUCUCCUCAUGAAGAUGGGCAAGAUAGUAAGUACACAGCCGGAGUCCACCAUGUGCUGACAUGGUGUAAGAAUGUCAGAACCACACAUAUACUGUGAGACCACAGAAGGAUCUGUGGGUAGAGCCCUCCUCCAUGACCACUGGUGCCUUCACCAAGCUGAACUCCAUCAUAGCUAAUGAUGCCAAGACCCCACUGUCUCUCCCUGCUUCAAGGAGAACUUUCUGGAAGCCUGCUGCAGAGGAGUGAUCUGUGUUACAUCUUCCCAUGUCUCCAGUUGCACCCAGUUCUACUGAAACAGCAAGUACAGGAUUGCACCUCAGAGUUCACUGAGUGUUUUCUGGGACCCUCUUUGCCUUGCUCUCCCCUGGCUUGCCUACAGCCCAUUGCUCCACCACCCAGCCUGCAUGUGGAUGUGCAGAGCUGUGUUGCUGAGAGCCGCCAUCUGCAGCAGAGCAGGAGUCAGGGCUGACUGGGAGUUCUGCACCAAGCAAGAAGCCAGCAUGACCACUUUAAACUCCAAAGCAGGUGGUGGCCUUCGGUGGUUUAUGUUGCUAUUCAUUUCCUGUUUUUAACCUUCACUUGGCUCUUGGAAACUUGUCAGGAUAUAUUGAAUUCUGAAAACUCCUUGCUCCUACCAUUAGGUUAGGCUAGGAAUUAAAUGAUUACAAGAAGGUGCACAGGUACUGAUGGAUGGAUGGUUGGUAAAACAAACAAUAUAUAUGUAUGCACACAAACAUUUAACAUUUCUUAAUUUUUAAAAAACACUUAUUUCCCUUAUAUCUCAGAAAUGGUUUUAAAUAAUUGAAUACUGAAGUAUAUUUUUAAGGGCAGAUUAAAAUUUUGAUUUAGCCUGGCACUGGUAGCUAACCCUCAUAAUCCUAGUGACUCAGGAGGCUGAGAUUUGAGGAUUCUGAUUCAAAGCCAGCCCUGAUAGGAAAAUCUGUGAGACUCUUUCCUCCAGUUA